AUGGAGAGAUUAGUAGCUGAUCUGUUUCUGCUCCUGCUGAUUUCCACAGGACAAGUCUAUGGAGGUAAGGCACUGCAGAAAAGAAAAAAAAAAGAUUCCUCAUUGAAGAAAAGUUAAAAUGGAGAGAAAUUCCUGGUGCUCAUUUUAGACAGACUGACUCUGACAUAUUUCAAUGGAUUUGAUCAAGUUGUGGAAAAUGAAAAAAUAGAGUUUUACAGAUAGUUUGCACAGUUUCCUUAAAUUUACUUGUAAUAACAACUCUCACAUAAAUGUCACAUUUACUUGCCAUUAAAUCCAAUCUGAUGCUUUUAAGGUUUAAAAUGCUACUUCAUAACAUAUAACUAUAUAAAUAUUUUGGUAAAGCGAACUAGUUAAUAUCAUAAAGCAAUUUUAAAAAAUAUCAAGUUAUCUCAAGGUCUUCAACUGAGUCUGAAUUACUUUUUUUUUUGGAGGGAUGUUAGUGGUGAACUUUUUAAUCAAAUCUGAAUAAGCGCUGUGUGUGUGUACAUCAGCUUUUCCCAACAAAGAUUAGUCAUGCAUGUGCAUGAAUAACAUUUCAAAGCUAUCAGCAUGUGCUGGUAAAUCCCAUCACCUUCUUAUGACAGAGCAUUCAAACCUGUGUCAUUCAAACUGUGUCUGUGACUAUCGGGAGAUUACUUAUAAUCCAAUGUUCAACGGUAUCAUGGAGGCAAAUUAGAGAGAGAUGGACACACAGGCUAUACUCACCGAGGGCUUAUGGGCUUUGUGCUGCAUGCUGUGCUUGCCUGCUGACUGAGAACUUCUCUCUGGAAUCACAUAACCCAAAUAGUAGUCAUGUCUAUAAUCUUUUAAAUUUUCCCAAAUAGUUUUAAAGGCAACAAAGUCAGCAACUGUCAUGACAAGUCACACCAACACAAACAGGAUGUGAACGUGUGAAAAGGGUGAAAAAUACAUGACAACAAAAAUGAACAUAAAUAACAGAUUAAAAAAAAUAAAAAAAGUUUUUGUUUCUCAUUAUUCUCAAAUCAUCAAAUCAUGUUUGAAAAAAAUGUAAAGUCACACAACUCUUUUUCUAAUUUUUUGAAUAAAUCAAACAGAGUAAUAUUUUUUAUUACUUACACGAAAAAGAUAACAUUAAAACACUAUAAAUUUUAUAGCUCUCCUGUUUACAAGGGUCUAAUCUUUGUUGCUGAUUGUCUACUCAGUUUGAUGUGUGAACAAAGUUGUCGACUCUCAUGUAAUGACACGGUUCACUUUGUGAGAUUUACUAUGUCUUGGCUUCAAGCCUCUUCCCUAAAUGCCAUUUAACUCUUUUGUAAAGAUAUUUUAAGAAGACUCUUGUCUGUAUCUCGUUUUUUUAGGGGGGCAGUCAUUCUUAUUUGAAACAAUAUGUGCGUUGCCCCUCUGUGUUUUGGCUACCCCCAAUCAUUCACGCACUACCGCCUGACCUGUAUUUGCAGUGUAACGUUUUCCAAAAAUUGACAGCCGUUUUGACAGAGUGCUCCAACGCCUCUGCUUUUUAGGUCAAAUCAAUUAAAAUCUAGUCUAUGCUUUUUUUUAAUUCAAAGAUGUGAGUAGGGAUAUGAGCCAGCCUCCCAAAUAUUUAAUCCUAGAAAUAAGACAUUUUGAUCAUGCGGUGUCUAUUUUCUAUAACGCAUUACAUACUGGAGCUGCUUCAUGCAUUCAUAGCCAAAAUAGUAGCUCCACUUAGGGCAGGACCAUAAACAGACAGUUAGUGACCUGGUCCACUCUUUUGUAGGUUAAAUUAUCUAACCACUCUGCACUGACCUAAAGACCGUUGUGAUCCCAUGAUAAUGGAUCCUAAUGAUUUUAAAGUGGCUUCCAAUCCACACUAGCCAAGUGUUAAAGUCAGUUGUAGAGCCAUGAGGAUCAUUUAAAAGUUCACCCAGGUCCCUGUAGUACUUGCCUUAUCCUCUAGAAUGCUUUUAUGUCAAAUUCACUCAUUCACAUACAUAUUCAUCCAACAAAGCCAGGCGAUAAUGUGAAGUAAACGACCAUUGGUAUAAAUCACUCCCAUUUUUACUAUUUGCUAACCACUGGCUCUGCCUCCUGAGAGCAAUAUGGGGUUCAGAAUUCUACCCACGGACACUUUCAUGGCUGAAAACAGCCCAACAAACACAUGGCUGAGAGAUCAUUGUUGAAAUGUUAACUAGUUCAGGUACCUGCAAACCAAGGGUCAGUUAUUAUUCUAUGCUAGACACUACAAAAGCAUUACAUCUGAUCUUAUUCAAUAGGUCUAUCUGGCCGUAAGUUAAGCAGUGGUUGUAGUAAAUGACAUUUGGUUAUUUGGAUUUCAAUCUGAAUGAGCUAUAUACAGAGUGAUUCAUGCUUUUCCAAGUGUCUGUAUGGUGCCCCAUUAAGAUAAUUUGGGUCAACAGGGGAGGCUAAUUAGCAACUGAGCAUUUCAGGACGACCUGCUGCAGAGUGCAUUAGCUGUCAUUAAUUGAAUUUAUAAAACAGGUGUUAAGUGCAGAAUAGACCCGGAGCAGAGCUGUAUUGAUCAGCUGAUCAGCUGACAGUCUGCAGGAAAAAAAAGGCCUUAAAUGUAUUUUUUGUCCUUCAGAGUGAAAUGUAAGCAUGUUGGAUUUAACAGCUCAGUGCAUUGAGUUUCAAAGGUGUUCACAGUGUAGCAAACCAAGUACAUCAUUCAAAUCUUUCUGCUUGCCUAAACCAAAAAGAAAGAUUGCUGUCAAGUGGUAGAGUUGGUUAUGUCUCGAUUGGAAUGCAUUUGAUAUCCGUUUUUUCUGUCCUUGUGCCCAGGGUUAGGGUUACUCACCCAAGAUUAUCUGCCCUCAUACCCAGGGUGCAUGAAAGGGAUUAGUUGAAAACUGAUGGGUGCCUUACAUAUCAGCCUCUGUGUGUACGAAAGUGGUAUAAAUAUGUGAAUGUGACAUGUAAUGUAAAACGAUUUCACUUCUUACGUGUCUCCUUUAUCAUUGUUGCAGUGUCAUUAUAUGGAGAGGGCUACAUUCACCUGCGGACAGUGGAGGCCUCCAUUCAGACAGUGUUACAUGUUCGUUUUCGAACCUCCAGUCAAACAGGACUUCUGUUUCUGGCAGCUGGACGUAGCGACUUCUUGCUGCUGGAGCUGAUAUCUGGGCGCCUGCAGGUAUUCUGAAGCAUCCUAUAGGGUAGUUACACACUUGUAAAAGUAUUCGAAUAGGUGUAUGGAUGAGUAUUAACACCAUGCUGUGACUUUUAUCUUCUGUUAGGGUAACAACAUUUAGAAAUAAUGUAAAAUGAAUCAAAGUCAAACUCCUGCACAUGCUCUCUUGUACCUUAAGAUACCUCAUACCUUCGAAUAAAGAGAAAAUAUUUAGCCCUCGGGCCGUUUCUACCUCAUAUAUAUUGGCAUUUACUAUCCAGAAGAGAGACGAAGAAGUCUGCACUCACACCACUGGGUGUCGGAUUACUUUCAAAGUGAAAAAAGAACCCCUUGGCAUUGGCUUCAUUUCAGAACAAGUUCCUUCAUGACCCAGGUUAAGAGAGAAGACACAGCAGUGGUAUAACGAAAAUUAUAAGUACAGGGCAACGAGGUCCUUAUGACAGAGUUUGGUUUCAUCCAUGUUAGUGAACUACUCCUUUGAUCUGCAGUCUUACGAUUUAAACACUUGACCACUUAUUGACUUGAUUCACAGGCUCUUGUGUGUGUAGUCUUUUAUUGAAACUCCUUGUUUUACUUGUCAAAGUGUGCUAGAGAAUACCAAACAUCAUCAGAGAUUAAGAAGGCAAUACAUUUUGGUUAUUAGCACUCUUUCUCCACUUUCCCCUCAGGUACGUCUGGACCUCGGAUCAGGUGAACGCUCAUUACGAUCUGAGAAAGGCAUGCAUCUAAGUGACAUGGUGUGGCACAACAUUGAGCUGAUCCAUGACCACAAUAUUGUAAACAUGACAGUGGAUCAAAACUCUCAUACCAGCCUCCGAAUGCCAGGACCAGAUCUGAGACUUCAUGUAGUGGAUGGACUUUUUGUUGGUGGUGUAGCGAGACUGAGGCACCCAAACCUGCUCAACAUUUCCGCCGGAUUUAGAGGAUGCAUAGAUGAAGUCGUGUUCAAUAAACAUAACUUGUUGUCAAACCUCAGGCCUUUUUCUGGGUACAGGAUUGUCCGCGAGGUAUAUCAGGGCUGUAGUGCGCAGUUUUCUGCAACAGUGGAAGACUCUGUCAGCUUUUUCAGCUCCAAAGCCUUCAUGUCUCUCCCGCCAUGGGAAGCACAUGAGGAGGGUGUGUUUGAAUGUGAAUUGCAGCCCUCUGCAAGAGAGGAAGACGGGCUGGUGCUGUACAGCUCUGGAAACAAAGGAGGGUUUGCUGCAGUGGAGAUUAGAGACAGUCACCUGGUGGCCACAGUAGGAAAUGGAAAGGGAGACACGAUUCAGAUGUGCUCUACAAAAGCUCUUCACAGCAAUCACACCUGGUACCCCAUCAAGCUGCACCUGCUGCCCCACAGCAUCCAGAUGAAGGUGGGUGAGGAACUGAUCCAGGCCAGCCUUAGUCUGGAGCUGCAGGUCAUCCCCCUGAAAGGACCUCUAUUUCUGGGAGGACUGAACAAAGAAGCCCGUACAGAGGCAAGGCGAGUAGGGUUGAUGCCCGAUCUACUUGGAGAAGAAGUGGCUGGUAGAGGAGUAUCCUUUAAAGGCUGCCUCAGAAACAUCAGGACAAACACUAUAAAAACAGGCCUGCCCAAUGCUACUAUUACCAAGGACAUCAGUGUGGGUUGUAUGACCGAGCAAGCUCCAGAUGCAGUAACCACUGCUAGCCCGACAGUAAACCAUGUGGUUAAUGUAACGACUAUGCAACCGACCACCAGCAAUGGGACGAACCCAGAGUUCUUGUCACUGAGAAGGCUGGAGGUAGUGGAGGGAAGCAGGGCACCACUUGAGCCCAAACACAUUAAGGUAGGACUUUCUGUCUCCUUCUAACCCGGUCUUUCAGGUUUUUCAAAUAGUUUGUUUUGUGCUCUACUUAAUAAUAGAUUGUUAAACCUGACUCAUAACAGUUAAGAUUUUACUGUCAGUUUUCCAUUUGAACUCCUUUUAGGUGAAUCUGGAUCUUCGGAACAUGGGUAUUCAUCCAGCUCAGUUGUUAUUCCGCGUUGAGCAGCAGCCUGCUCACGGCCAGUUGAGGGUGGAUCUCACUCCAGACUCUGAUGGGAUUCUGGGCGAAGCACAGGAGGAGAGGAACAUCACAAUAGGAACUAAAGAGUCCAACCAGACUUUCAGUUUGUUGGACCUGUGGCAGGGCCGGGUGUUGUACGUCCACGGCGGGUCAGAGGAGCAGCGUGACCUCUUCAUGUUUUCAGUUUUCUCCAGCAAUAAGAAGAAGCUUCCUGUAUUUCUGAAGGGCAACGACCUUUAUCAGUUUGAUAUCAUCAUCAGCCCAGUCAAUGAUGCACCAGAGCUCAGUCUACCAGAAGGAAACCUUUUCACUGUAUUGGAGAAGUCAAAACGACAGGUAGAUUAAGCAGACUGACAACGUAACAUGUGUUGUGUUUAUGUGUUAAGAAAAAGAAAGCUCAUAGUGCUUUUAUAUCCCCAGCUGACAACAGAUAUGCUGAGAGUGUCCGACCCUGAUAGUAGUCCUGCAGAGCUGAUGUUCAGCUCCCUGGGAAAUCUCAACACUGAGGCAGGACACCUCGAGCACCAGGAUUACCCGGGCAGGUUUGUGAUGGUGCUUGUGGACUUUUUGAAUGACUCAUAACUCUUCUAAGAAUUAAUCAGAGAGAUUCAAGCAGUGCUUGUUUAACUGUAUACACCCUACCUUAUAUGUUUUGAAACUUGGGUAACUGAUUUGUGGCACUAGUCAUGAUAGGAAAUGACCAAAUCAUCAAACUCAACAUAUUAUCACAAGUCUCCAGAAAGCAUUUAACAAACACGCCAAGUAGUAAACAAAACAUAGAGGCUCACAUGAAUACAUCUUUGUUCCAGGGCCAUAAACCUGUUCUCUCUCAUCGAUCUUAAAGAGGGUAAGGUCAGUUUUGUCCAUACCGGCUUGUCUACCUCCAGGCUGGCCCUCAGGGUCAGCGAUGGUGAGAAGGUAAGUUGGCAGUAUCUUUGUAUGAAACUGUAAGUCUGUUAAAGUUAAAACGCAGCUAACUCUGACUCAGACACUAAUUUCAGUGGAAGUGUAUUCUACAUUUAGUUACUUUUAGUACUUUUCUGUCAGAUAGCCAAUGUGUUUUGUUAGCAUUUAACACACUUGCUAUUAACAAGCAUCUCAUACAAACCCACUAUAAUAUCCUUUCAAAGCACCUAUAUGCAUAAACGUCACCUAGUUUUACCGUGUAUAUACACUCACAUAUUUCAAAUGUUUCUGUUUUACCUGUGGACUAAAGUAAUAAAAUGUUAUAAUUCAAUAACCUUGUCUCAUCUCUUCAUCCCCACAGUUCAGUAACACAGUUGUACUAAGAGUGAUGGCAGUGCCACUGAAGUAUAGACUGGCUAAUAACACUGGACUGGAGUUGAACCAAGGCGAAGCUUCCAUCAUCACAAACAUAAACCUUGCUGUAGAAGUGAUCACGGCUGGUCAGACAGUGGAACUCCGCUAUGAUAUUACAGAGCUGCCACAACAUGGUGAGCUCCAGCGGUUGCACUCAAAUGGUGAGUGGAGACCAACAACCUUCUUUUCUCAGAAUCUUCUAAAGAAGGAACGGAUAAGAUACGUCAGCACUUCCCAGGGCCUUCAGCCUCAUAACAAUAUCACCGAUCACUUCAAGAGUAAAAUCAAUAUCAGUGAUAAGGCCACUGAGGAGGUCGUUUUUCCAAUCACGGUGCACUGUAUCCACUUCAAGGUCACACGCACCAAGAUGGAGGUCAGUGGUGUCCUGAGUGCUGCUGUCACACCUGAAGACCUUCAUGUGAUUUCUAAGGGUGUCAAACUCAACGAGAGCGAGCUCUACUUCAGGCUGAUAACUCUACCAAAGAAAGGACAGCUUUAUCUGAACAACAGAGCUCUAAAACGGAAGUCAACGUUCAGCCAAAAGGACGUCACAGAUGGCUUAGUAAAGUACGAGCUCUUCAACAGGAUGCAUUACGACACAAGAGACACUUUCAGUUUUCAGGUGUUUUCUACACACGCCAACUCGACCAUUCAUGACUUCAGAAUCAACAUUAAAGCACAGGCAACAGAAGUUACAGUUUUAAACAAAGGUCUGUCAAUCCUGGAAGGAGGAAGUAAAGUCAUCAGCAAAGAUAUUCUGUUCACUCACGUAGUAAACAACCGCGAGGUUCACUACAGCGUCACUGUGAGCCCUAGGCACGGCAGGAUAAAGAGGAUCAACCUGUCCAACUCAACCGCCAUCAAUGACAACAUUGUGGCAUUCUCAAAUCAAGACAUUAUCGAAGAGAGGAUCAUGUAUGUUCAUGAUGACAGCGAGACGACGCAGGAUUCCUUCACUUUUGAAAUAACGGUUUCUAAACCUAACAGACACCAGAGUCAGAAAGAGGACAGAAACACAGGGGAACACACCUUUAAUAUUUCUGUCCAGCUUGUCAACGAUCAGAGACCUGUCAGAGUUGUAGACAAGGUUUUCCAUGUGGCCCGCUACGGACAGAGGUUGGUUACACUUAAUGACCUCCAGUACCGGGAUGAUGACUCAGACUUUGAGGAUAAUUGGUUGCUGUACACUCGGAGGGGGAUUCCAAUGGGAGAGCUGGUGCUGGCUAGUGAUCCCAGUCACAAGCUGUAUGAGUUUACACAGCAAGACCUGGAGCAGGUAAUUUUUUCUAGAAAAUUGAGCUCAGGGACUCCCAGAAAAGACUGUGUAUUGGUGAUGCUGAUGGGACAUGAUGAUUCAAAGUCUUCCUUUCUCACUUUUCAGAAAAAGGUGUUGUUUGUCCACAGAGGAGUGAGUUUCGGGCGAUUCGUGCUUUUUGUAACAGAUGGGAAACACUAUGUUUCAACACUGAUGGAGGUGAUUAUAAUGUCUUUAUACUUGUAUGUGGUGUUUUUUAUAUAUAUAUUUUACAUCAAAAUACAUAAAAGAAUCAACAAAUUUUAGUUAAAUUUUUUAGAGUCAAGUAUUACCAGGUUAUUCGGGAUAGUAAGCACCUGUGGUGUAAAUGAGAAGCCUGGUAAUGUUGGUUGCAGUUUUAUGAUUGUUGCAUCAUAUAAUUCACCUCUGUCUGUUAAUAUAAUCCUCUGACUAACAUAGGUGAUUGCCCAGGACCCCUACCUUCUGGCUGAGAACAACACCGGCCUCACAGUCCAAAAAGGUGGGCUUGUAGCCUUCACAGCUGCCAAUCUCAGUGUCGUCAGCAACCUUGACAUCCGAGAACCGCAUGAAAUAACAUUUGAGGUCUUCCUUCCACCUAAACACGGGGUGCUUUACUUCAGAGGUGAAGAGGGUGAAACUGUUACAGAAAAAGAUGCAGUUAGAAUAUUCACUCAGCAAGAUUUGGUGGAAGGACGCUUGGCAUAUCAACACGACGGCAGCCAUGAGUUAUCGGAUGGGUUUAAUGUGACCACAAGAGUGAGGGAGAGGAGGACAGAGAGGCAACCGGAGAAAGGGAGGAGGGAGGUGCAUCUGGACAUAGGAGUGCUGGUGAAAAUCUACCUGCUGAGUCACCAAAAGCCACCACUGGUCAAAAGUAACCGCCCUGUUGUGGUGACAGAGGGAAAUAAUGUCUCCUUGAGCAGGGAGCACUUAGAGGUAAGGUGGCUCACUGAUAACUUCACCACGUUAUGAUAAGCAGAAAAUAUGAACAUGUUAUAUAUUUAAAAGUUGGUGCUGUUUCGUUUGAUCAGGUGGUUCAUGAGGACAGCCAGCCCUCAGAGAUAUCGUUUACAGUCCUGAGCCCUCCCACCCAAGGCUGCUUUCAGAGGUCUCCUCCUCACAUCAAGCAACAAAACUACAAUGGAGGACAACAGCGUUUCCAUCAAGUAAAGCCACCUUUGCAGUCAUAAUUUUUACCUUUCAUUACAGAGUAGCUUUGCAUUAACAGCAGCUCAUUUGUCUUAUACCAGCAUCUGAUAAAACUCUUAUUUCAGCAUCAUUCAGCUGUCUCCUGAAAUGCUUCAAUCAGCUGCUUUUCUAUUUCUUUUCUCAGAGCCUUGUUGUCAUGAAACAACCCAAAGUUAUGCCUUUACAGAAAAUGUCUAAGGCUAGAGUUUAAGAUGAAAGCCUUUCUGGAAGGUCUUGAUGCAUGGGAGAUGUAACAGCCAAAGGUUAAAGAGAUGUAAAAAUGUAAAAAAGUUAAAGGGAUAUUCCGGCGUAAAAUUAAGUUAUGGUCAAACACACAAUAACACAGAGUUAGACAACCCCUCGAGAGAUGAAUGUUGCCGACCGCUUGCUUCUCUCUGCUACGUCCCUCCUCACAGGGCAUCAGAGAGCAGCUAACAAACUCCUUUACCCAGGAGGAUCUCAAUAACGGACUGAUAGUCUACAAUCAUCAGACUGCAGGAAGCACCAAUGACUCUAUUCUUUUGGAAGCAACCAAUGGGAUCACAAAAGUUGGGCCCAUCAGACUGGAGGUGGAUAUCAUCCCCAUCCUGCUGCCUUUACAGGUAAAAAAAUGUUCAUAAAUAAGUGAUUCUUCUCAACCAGAAGACCACCCAAAGGAGGAAUUGACUGAUCUGUGUGCCUCAUCAACCUCCCGCCAACAAUUCAAUCUGAGUGUUUUAUUGGCUGGUUGAUUUUACAGGUGUCUGAUCUGGUCCUUGAUGAAGGUUCAUCUGCGCCACUGACCCCUGACGUCAUCAAGAUCACCAAUCCUCACUUUUCAAGGAUGAACUUCCUGUACCAGGUUAUCGUUUCACCAAGACACGGACACUUGGAGCACAGCCGUAUCCCGGGGAUGCCCAUCACUGCCUUCACUCACACAGAGGUUUGACCCAGAAGGACUAAUGUUCCUUGUCUUUGUAGUUUUGGUUCCUGUAUUACAACUUGUAUCCUUUCCAUCUCACAACUGAUUCCAGGUGGAACGCAAAUACAUCUCCUACAUCCAUGAUGGCAGUGAGACACGGAGGGACAACUUUACCAUUGUGGCCAAUCAGACGAAAAUCAGGAAGUACAGUCUGCCCUGUACAGUUCACAUCCAUGUCAUACCUGUCAAUGACGAGACUCCUGUGGUUAUAACCAACAAAGGCCUGAAGGUGGGGAGAGCUGUUAUGAAGACAUGAAUUUAUCCAUUUUACUUACUUCUUUUAAGACUCCACAGCAGAUAUCCUUUUAAUAUUAACAGAGGAUGAAUGUCAUACUUCUAACUACUUUGUUGAAAGAAAUUCAACCAACACAUGAUGCGUAAUUUAAACUAAAGUUCUGUCCAAGUUACUUUGUAAGUUAGACUUUUAUUAAGAGCUUAAAUAAGUAGGUAAGGUCAUUUCUGUUUAAUGGUUCACAAGUCACAAAGAUGCAACGGAUAAUCUUUUGAGACCGUAAAAAAAAAAAAAUACAUCAAAUAUCAGUUUACAUGUUUUAUAAUAAUAAUAAUAAUUAUUUAUUUAUUAUUUUCUCAUUUAUUUUAAUAAUUGAUUUUCACUUCUUUAGUUCUGGUAUUAUUAUAACUUCACUUUCAUCAUUAUACAAACCAUACCAAUGUUUUAUAGUUUAAAUGUAGAUACGUAUCUUGAUGUUAAGAGGAUCAAUAUUGCUGUCAUGCCUGUAGGCUGCAUUAAAAAACAUGUAUGUAAAACACAAUGGAGGUGGAAACUGAUGAUCUUUAAGUUGUUACUAUAUAUUGAAAAUAUUUUCUGACUGACCCCUUUCUUCUUAUGUUUUGUGUCCUCAGGUGUGGGUGAGUUCAGUGACAGAGAUCACCCCUGAUGAACUCAGUGCAGAAGACCCAGACACUCCACCUGAGACCUUGGAGUACAUCAUCACACCACCCAGUAAUGGCCAUCUGGCCCUGAAGAGCGCCCCCUUUAGGCAGAUCCUGAACUUCACUCAGAAUCAUAUCCACACAGGACAGCUUGUGUUUGUGCACAGUGGUGAGCACGUUUUAAUAGUUGUGGUUUGUGAACCGGUAUUCAGUCUGACUUUCUAGGUGAACUAUAGGCAUAUGUUUACAAAGAAACACUAAAUUAUCGGCAGAUUUGAGAUCUCAAGGAGGACUAUUAAAAUGAAUUUUAAAAAAUGAUCCUGAAUCUGUUCUUGCACAGGUGCUCUGUCAGGUGGAUUUCAAUUUCAGGUUAAUGACGGUGUGAACUUCGCUCCUCGCCAGAUUUUCAGCACAACUGCUCAAUCUCUGGUCCUCACUCUGCAGAGAAACCAUCAGAUGGAAGUCUACCCAGGUAUCUUUUCACACCAAAAAUGAUGUUCUGACACUCUCAACAUCCUUGAUUUUGUACUUCUACUUAUGCCGAUUUGGAAAAAAGCAUUUGUUAAAUGAAAUAGAACUGCCACUGUAGUAACACUGGACAAACCUGAAACCAACCAAGAGUAGUUCACUAACACAAAGACAUUUAUGUGACUGUGGGGCACGAACGAGUCUCUGUAAAAUACACGUCAGAGUCCUAAGUAUCUGAUUCUGAUCAUAUUACCUUACCGAGCGCUUGGAUUUGUUUUCUCUCAAAAAAGAAAAAGCUCCUCACUGAGUGUUUCUUUGUUACCUUGAAAGGCUCUGUGACACCGAUCUCUUCACAAGAGCUUCAAGCUGUAACCAAUGAAGCCGGUGACAUUGGAAGAAACCCCUCUGUGGUGUUUGAAGUGUCCGCUCCUCCUAAACUUGGCCGCCUGGUCCAACGUAUGCCUGACAACUCCUCGCACAACAUUUCCACUUUCACACAAAGCAUGGUAGGUUUUGUGUAUCUUACUGUUGUGCUCUUUAUUAAAUCUUUUUGCACCAUUAGGAUUUUUUCAGUUCACUGUAGUGUUACAAAAUCCUGUGUCUCUCUUUAUAUCUCUGUCUGUGCCUCUCAGGUGAAUGAGGGAGUCAUCUUGUAUGAUCAGAACAAGCCGCAGUCGGUGGGAUGGUCAGCUGCAGACUCUUUCUCCUUCACUGUGUCCUCUCCUCCUGCUUUCCUUCCUCCACACACCUUCACUAUCUUGAUCUCCUACCAGGCCAACAAACAUCAGAGCCACACUGGAUUCAGGACCAGACUGCUCAACAAUGCAGGUACUGUUUUUUCUCCUUCGAUUUUCUUUCAGUACAAAAACAAGGACACGGUUUAAAAAGAUUGCAGCUACUACAAAAUAUUACUGAUGUUCUACAAAAGAGGAUUAGGGCCACAAGAAGAGAAAAAAUUAUUACAGGAGGGGGAUUUUUUCAAUUUCUUUUUUGAGAUUGAAGUCAAAAUUUUGAGAUCAAAGUCGAAAAUCAAAAAAGUUUAAAUUAAAAAAAAAAAUGAAAUUUUGACAUUAAGUCAAAAUUUCAAGAUUAAAAAAAUCAAAAUUAUCUGAAUAAAUUCGAAAUUUCAACUUCAAUUUGGACUUUGUUGACAUAAUAUCGAUUUUUUUUAAAUCUCAAAAUUUUAACUUUUACCUCCUUCCUGUAAUUAUUUUUUCCUCUUCAUGUGGCCUAAUCCACUUUCAUAGAUGUUCUGCAUGGAUCAAUUGUAAAAUAUAUAUUCCUAAAAUAUAUUUCAGCUAUUAAAAAAUUUAGUUUUGUACUUUCAUUCAUAAGAAAAGAGGAAGAAUAUAAGUGCAAAAAAACAGCAGCUGGGGUGUUUAAAUCUGACAUUCAGGUGCUGUAGUUCCUGAGGGAGGCAUGGUGAUGAUUGACAAGUCCAAACUUGACGCCUCUAAUCUCCUCGGAAAAGUUCCUGGACCCAAUCAGAAGGACCACUAUGUCAUGUACCAUGUGAUUUCCCUGCCACGCCAUGGGGUUCUGUCCAUACAAGGACACAACCUCACCAGGUACUAAAAGAUAAAAUAUGCUGCUUACGAUGGUGAGUUGUAAAAUUUUAGUCACAAAUCCAAACAUCCCAAAUCACAAAGCUACUUUUUAUUUUGUCUUUGUCUCUUCUCAGCAACAAACCUGAUUUCUCUCAGAUGACUCUUAACAAAUUCGGCAUCACCUACAUCCAUGACGACUCAGAGACAACAAGCGACAGCUUUACUUUCCGGGCCUGGGUGGCUCCUCUGGAUCUCCUAUCCUCAUCCUCUUUGUCUUCCUUGUCUGCGUCUUCUUCAGAUUCCUCCUCCUCUUCCUUACCCCCUCUCUAUUCAUCAUCAUCAUCGUCCUCACUGUCCUCAUUAGAUGUUGCUCUUCAUCAUGUCAAGGAUAGCCUGGCCGUGACAGAAACAUUUAACAUCACUGUUACACCUAUCAACGACCAUCCACCUCUCAUCAGAAUGAGAAACCCUCGGAUGAAAGUUGUAGUUGGAGAAAGAGUCGUGCUUGGACCAGAAUAUCUGCAGGUUAGCCACACAGAGCGCAUAUAAAGCUGAACAUUUCUAUGUGUUUUCUUUCACUUUUACUUUUCUGUGAUCGUGGAGAGUAUUAUGCAGACAACUGAACAUCAUUUACCUCUCUGAUUGAGAAAAUAGUUGUGAUAGUUUUACAGGUGGGAACCUGCUGCACCAGCAGUAAUAAUGUGUGAGAUUUAUUUAUACAUUCCUGUGAUUCUGUAUUUAGGUCGAGGAUCACGACACUCCUCCAGAAGAGCUGCACUACCUUGUGAUCAGUAAGCCCAACAACGGCUAUCUGACACUGGGGGAGAGACCGGAGCCAGUCACCUCCUUCACCCAGUAUGACGUCAAUCGUGGCAGGCUGCACUUUACACAGCAGGUGAGCCAUCAGUCCACUUAUAGAGAUUCAACCUUUCCAACUAUCUGAAAAUAGAAAUUAGAAAAUGCCAGUUCAAUUGCCUGCAUUAGGCUUUUUAUUGAGUCUUGGAAAAAAGCCAAAAUGUUUUGCUUGUACCUCAUUAUGGUUCUUUGGCGUCAGCCACAGUGUGUAAAAUCCACCACUAGAUGGCACUAAAGUCAAAAGUAAAAUCCAUAGAUUGAUGCCAUAACAGAAUAAAGAUUGAUUGGUUAGUACCUCUGAGAGUCUUAAGCUUUGAAUUUUUUUAUUGUUUAUUUCACUCUGGCUCUCAAAUUUUCCCUCUCUCUAUUUCUUUUGUUCCCAUUUCCAGUCUCAUCAAUAAAAGUCAGCCUGCUCUUUUUUACUUUAAAUUACCUCAAUGAGUAUUCAGCUGACACUGUCAUGGAGUAAAAAAAAUAUGUCCUGCUCUGUAUGCAUGCCCUGUCAUUUGGUUCCUACCUCAAGUUUAGCCAUCCUUCAACCAAAUGUACCCAGGACUUAUGGUCUCAGCUGCUUCUUUUAGAGAGCCUAUGGUUGCUCUGUCCCAUCUUGCCUGUGUUUUAAUCAAGGUCAAAAAAACCACAACAAUCCUUGAAGUGGUCUGCUCAUAUGUGAAUGAGUCAUUUGUAUUUCACACAGGUUUACAUACAGAACAUUACACCCAUUCCAACGUAAUUGUCCCUGUACAUGCCUUUUCAAUUUAAGAUACUGAGUUUACUAAUGUAUAAGGCUAGCUGCUAAAGUCCCCAGAGCUUGAUUUAUAUCUUGUUUCCUACAGCGGAGACUCAGCUUUUGUAUUUUUCAUCCUAUCACUGUUUCUUUGGCAGGGUGAGCCCUUAACUGGUGUUUUCUACUUCAAUGUAACGGACGGUCAUCAUCGUCCGCUCUACAAACUGUUUAGUCUGGAGGUGAUUAAGCCUUCUGUCUUCAUUGUGAACAACACCGGCCUGUCGUUGGUUCAAGGCAAGACUGCUGUGAUUUUAACAACCAACCAGCUCGCAGCUCAAACCAACGGUCGUAGUCGGGCCAACAUCACCUACACUGUCACCACACACCCACGGCACGGACGCAUCGCUAUCGAUGACCAGGAGGUGACAACCUUCUGCCAUGAGGAUCUACAGUUUGGUCGAGUUGUUUAUCACAUGACUGAACUCAGUGAAUCAGAGGACAGCUUUCAAAUCUCAGUGUCAGCGUUGUCUCACGGUGUUGACUAUGGGAAUGUAACAGCACAGGUGAGGGUCACUGUGCAGCCUCUGAUUCACCUACGGGAACAGGUUAGAGUGCCCAGUGGUGUAGCUGUGAAACUUGGGAAAGCCAUGAUGGAUGCGUCCGAACUGGCAAGGAUCAGCCGAGCAGACCCGGUCUUUGAGGUUCUCUCUCCGCCAAAACAUGGAAAACUGGUCAAGGUGAAGCUAACAUACAGUGCCAUUUGGUAGUUUACAGGCUGAUGUGAGGUGCUUCCAGUUUUUGCUGAUUUUGGUGCCUCUUGUACAAAGACGCACAUCUUUGCUAAUCUUGUUUUAUGCAUGUCAAAGUAGUUCUCUAAGCCAAAAAUCUCAUCCUACUUUCUUUUACCUGUUAAAUAUCCUGCUCAUUGCAAAUAUUCCUCAUUUAUAAUGUAGAGAAAGGCAGUAGCCUAUCCUCAGACUGCCAUCAAUCGUCUGCAGUUUCAGGCACUAAAAAUUACAGUCAACAAAUCGUAGACAUAUUACUAAUUGUCUUGUUUACUUUGGGGCUCAAAAAGAGACACCAGUGUGAAUUUAAAUGUCAAAAUCUCCUCACCAGGGCUUUCAACCAACUAAAAAUAUCAUCCUUUACUGUACAGGGCCUUUGCAUUGUUAAAAAAGUUUAGCAUGUUCAGUUUACAAAUCUUGUGUCCAUUAUUUUCAGUUAGAGUGAGUUAUUUAGAGUUUUAGUUUGCAUCAGUCUAUCAGUAAACACUUUGAAUCUGUUUGCACAGUGUGUUAUCCAUAACAAAAUUAAGACAUCAUUUUUCCAUGUAUGCAGAUCACCUAUGACCCUAACCGGGCAUCAGAGGUCCUUAAGUCGUUCACCUUCAGAGAUGUGGUUCAAGGUCGAGUGGCCAUCGAGGAGAAUCUCAGUGACAGCGGCUACCAGCCCCAUGAGAACAAAUCAGUGCUCACAACAGCUCGGGGUCACGCCCCUGCAACGCCUCUCAACGAUUCCUUCAUCUUCCUGCUGAAGGCUGGAAACGUCCAACCAGCAAAGGGCGAGCUUCACUUCACCAUAUUUCCCCACCACCAGAUGCACCACAGUCCGAGUGGUUCAAAUAAAGUAGAAAGUGCAACUCCUGAAAUUGCAACAACCCACUUCCUGUCCCAUAAUAGAACAACUACUGUGGCAGGAAGGGGAGCUGCACGAGGGGACUCUACAACUCAAGGCGAGGUCAGGGUGAGUGUCCCGCCUCACACUGUAGCGCAGAAGAAUCAAAACAGGACUCAACACAAGCUGAGAAAUCACAACCGCUGGGGGAACUACACACGUAGUGUGAGCAGACCAGAGAAUGAUGUGGAGGGAGCAGGAGGGGGUCACAGCCGUGCCACACAACCCAAAACUCCUUCUGUCUCACACAAACAUGGUCCAGCUAACCCACCUGACACCCAGCCGGUACACGUAGAGGUCCUCCCUCGCCCCUCCUCUGACCCGCUCCUCAUUAUCCUGCCGCUGUUAGCCUGUUUGCUCCUUAUUGUCAUCCUCAUAGUUUUGAUUCUUGUGUUUCGUCGUCGCAAAGAGAAACAGGCACGGCUGCAGCUGCUCCAGCAGCUCACUGCAGUGACAUUAUCAACAGAAGGCAGCCCUUAUCUGGGCCGGGCAGAGCGAAGCGUGGCUAUGCCCUCUGUGGUGGUCACUCCUCUUGCCCCUGCAAGCUGCCCUACCUCACCCAGGGUACCUUUAGGCCCAAGACGAAGGAGCCUGGCCCCUGGAAUGACCUUCUGGGGGCCAAUGGACACUGAUGGACCAAGUGAUGAUGGGAAUGUUAGAGGUGGUACGAGUAAAGAAGGAGAUAACAUUUAUCUUGGUUCAGCAGUACCAGUUGUCCCUGCAGGAUACAAGUCAUCUCUGAGGUCUCUGUCUCCAACUCCAACUCUUAAACACUACCAGUACUGGGUUUGA